GCCAAAGAUUAAGCCGACUAUAGAUUAGGAUGAUUUCCUUUUUACUUUAUGUUUAUUUUUAAGUAGUUUUCUUAUUUCAUUUAGGAUAAAGAUUUGUACUCUUUCCAUUUAUCUAUUCCUUGUAAUCUCUAUAUAAGAGAACAUUUUGAUUCAAGUAAUAAACAAACGAUUUCCCCAAUUGUUCACAACAGUUUAAACAGUAAGAAAGUAUUUUUAGUUUUACUAAUCAUUUUAUAAUCUAACGUGAAAAUGACAAAAGGUCAUGGUCGGAGUAGAGAAAAAGAAUGUGGACGAAAGGAAAAAGUUUGACUUGUUUAGUCCCCAACUGUCAAUUUUCCAGCAAGACAUAUACAUACUCGCUUUAUUGCUAAAACGUUGAUAUAAAAUAAGAAUAUAUUUUAAGAACCUAGUAUUUAUUACUAGAUUCUUUACUGUUGUAUAUAUACAAGCUGCUCGAGUGGUCUUUUUUACAGUAAAGCAGUCUCCUCAAAAGAGUAAAGAAAGAGAAAAAGAGAGAAUAUGGAUCCUGAAGGUUUCACGAGUGGCUUAUUCCGAUGGAACCCAACUAGAGCAAUGGUUCAAGCACCAACUGCGAUUCCUCCACCGCAGCAGCAGCAGCAAUCGCCGGCAACACCGCAGACGGCAGCGUUUGGAAUGCGACUAGGUGGUUUGGAGGGUUUGUUCGGUCCUUAUGGAGUACGUUUUUACACGGCGGCGAAGAUAGCAGAGCUAGGAUUUACGGCGAGCACGUUGGUGGGCAUGAAGGACGAGGAGCUUGAGGAUAUGAUGAAUAGCCUCUCUCAUAUCUUUCGUUGGGAGCUUCUUGUUGGUGAACGGUACGGUAUCAAAGCUGCUGUUAGAGCUGAACGAAGACGACUGCAAGAAGAGGAAGAGGAGGAAUCGUCUAGACGCCGUCAUUUGCUACUCUCCGCCGCAGGGGAUUCCGGCACUCAUCUUGCUCUUGAUGCUCUCUCCCAAGAAGAUGACUGGACAGGGUUGUCAGAGGAGCCGGUUCAGCACCAAGAUCACACUGAUGCGGCGGGGAUCAACUGCGGAGGAAGAGGAGGUCAUUGGGAAGCAGGGCAGACGACAAUAAAAAAGCAACAGCAGAGACGCAGAAAGAAAGCGAUUGUAACGUCAGUGGAAACUGAUGACGACGGCAACGAAGGUGAGGAUGACGACGGGAUGGAUAUUGUUAACGGAAGUGGGUCAGGGAUGGAGAGACAAAGGGAGCAUCCGUUUAUUGUAACGGAGCCAGGGGAAGUAGCACGUGGCAAAAAGAACGGUUUGGAUUAUCUUUUCCACUUGUACGAACAGUGCCGCGAGUUCCUUCUUCAGGUCCAGACCAUUGCUAAAGAUCGUGGCGAAAAAUGCCCUACCAAGGUGACGAACCAGGUGUUCAGAUACGCUAAGAAAUCGGGCGCAAAUUACAUAAACAAGCCAAAAAUGCGACACUACGUUCAUUGUUACGCACUGCACUGCCUCGACGAAGAAGCUUCAAACGCUCUCCGAAGAACGUUUAAAGAACGCGGGGAGAACGUUGGGUCGUGGCGUCAGGCUUGUUACAAGCCACUUGUGGACAUAGCUUGUCGUCAUGGCUGGGAUAUAGACGCCGUUUUUAACGCUCAUCCUCGUCUUUCCAUUUGGUAUGUUCCCACUAAGCUGCGUCAGCUCUGCCAUUUGGAGCGGAACAAUGCGGUUGCUGCGGCUGCGGCUUUGGUUGGCGGUAUUAGCUGCGAGGGAUCGUCUGCGUCUGGACGCUUUGGGGUUUAAUUAGCUCAUGAGUUGUUGUGGUUUACUUUUUCGUUAUCUUAAUUAAUUAUUAGUCUUUAAUUUGGUC